UCCUAUAGGUAGACAUAUACAAGGCAAGCUGUACCUGUCAGGCAGCUUGGGUUGAAUUCACUGAAAGGUAUUAUUGGGAUUUUCUCCUUGGCUUUGCUUGUUUUCGUGUAGGUGGAUUUGGUGAUAGAGAGUCAAACUGCUGUACUAUCCAACCCCUAUAGCCUGUCACCGGGGUAGCAGAGACUGUCGCCAGUCGGAGAACGUGGUAUGCAGGUCGGUGUAGCCGCCGACCUUGGGGUUUGUAGAAACCUGUGAAUUCCCACGAUCGGAGAGAAUUGGCAGGAAUCGGCUUCGCGUCAUCGGAACACCUCACAAUGCUCGGGAGAUCAGGAGUACUCCAAGCCUUGCCUCUGACGGAUUUCAUAAGUUUUGUUCAGGAUUCUCCGUUCUGUGGAUUAUAAACGCAAAGUUCUCUAUUCUGUGUGGAUUGUUUGUGUAUUCUGCUCCAGAUCCCUUCGUCUGGUAUUCCUUCAUUUAUAUUUGCAGUCCGCUCUGUAUUCCGUCUUGCGUAAAGUGGUAUCGCCUAUGUCUGCCAGGUGACUAAGGAACUUAACUUGUUGGAUGGUAUAAUCUGCCAUCAUGCCAGCGGGUCCACUACGCAGCCAACUACUAUGGCUACUAGCAGCAACAUCUCUUGCCAUUCUCACUCUAGUCACGGCUCAAACAGAUCCUUGCCAGCAACAGCCGUGCGUCAACGGUAGCCUAUGCCGCCAAGCGUACCUUUCACCGGGUUACAUUUGUGAGUGCAGCGGCGACUGGCAGGGCCAGAACUGUGAUCGGAGAUUCCCGGGAACAUCAGAGACUAUGCCCAAACAGUGCGGAACCAAUUUCUACACCAAUUCGGGGACCAUUGUAUCUCCUAAUUUUCCGCAACCAGAGCCUCACAAUCAAGAUUGCUACUACCUUGUCCGAAUUCCCUCGGCUUUGUCCAUCAAUUUGCGCUUCAACACCUUCGUCUCUGAGCCCAAUAAGGACGAGCUGUACAUCUUCCCGGGCACUGAAGUGAAUUUCAACUUGCCAGGCGUUCGGGAAUACAACGGGACAUUGUCUCCACAAUUCCCAGCUCAGGUUUUCAACACCAACCAGCUGGUUUUGUACUGGCUCACGGAUUUUAACAUCAACAGUCCGGGAUUCUCCAUCGCGUAUGACAUCGAUCCGGACCCAUGCUGGAUGAAUCCAUGUCAGAAUGGGGGAACAUGUACCACGCUGGCCAUGGGGCAGGGCUACUCCUGUGCAUGUCUGCAGGACUUCAGUGGAGACGACUGCCAAAUAGGCACAGUUAUUGUAUCUCAGACAACUAUCAGCGUCAUCAUAGGGAGCACCCUCGCUGAGGGCAGGGUCAGUCAUCCCUUGACCUUUGACCUGACUUUUUCCCCCGGCACCACCCUCUUCAGCCUGACUGGCACCGGGCUGUGGAGUGUCACGCUGUUUCUGACGGACGGCGCAAACAACAGGGUGGUGACACAGAACAUUCCGCUGACCAGCCAGCAAAACAGUGUGUCAUGGCAACCUCCCUCAUCCUCAAUCAUACGCACGAUACAGGCCAUCAUCAACCUCAACACGUUGGCCUGCCCACAGAUGCGUUCUGUCUGUGCCAUGAUUGGUCAGGGGAGUAACCCAACUCCACCCUUCUCAAUGCGGGGCACCCCUAACGAGAACGCGCUGAUUGGCUGCACGCCAGUGCAGUGCCGAGGGGUGGAAGUGACCAGUGUCCAAUUUGACAACACCUUGCGCACACUGCGAGAGGGUGUGAGCACUCAGAGCCUACAGUUCAGCUUGACUAUGUCCACUGAUCCCCAGGGUGGGACAGUCUCGGGGUCCAACCUCUGGAAGAUCACUGUGUUUGGCAGCAACCAGGCCAAUGGUCAAGGCUCACAGGUGCUGACCUCUCAGCUGUCCCUCAGUCCGUCGCAGGCUGGCGCUGGCGUAGUUGCUGGAACAGUCCGGUUCUUCAACCUCCAGACCAGCCUGAGCCUGGCUGGGAUUGUCUGUCCCCAAGUGCGCUUUUUCUGUGUCCGUGUGGAGAAAAGCAACAGCCCUACACCCCAGUUUACGCUGAGCGGUGUGCCAUCAGAUGCUGUGCUGACGGCUUGUCAGGCAACAACAUGCAGAGGAGUUCAAGUGACAGGUACAACGGUUUCCAUAUCCUCGGGGACGCCUCUGAUUGAACGACGUUCCAACAGUGUGGCCUUUAGCCUGUCCAUUCAGACUGACCCCAACGGGGGCAGUGUAAACGGACAAAACCUCUUCAGCAUUCAGACAUUUGGUAGUAACAGCCUGACGGGUACCAGCAUCAGGAUCUCGGAGCGUCAGAUCCAAGGGAACACCGGAAUUACAGCUGGUCGCUUGGCAACCAUACCCAACCUGUCAACAACAGUGAAUCUCAACGGCCAACUUUGUCAGCAGAUCAAUGCGCUGUGCACUGUGCUGUCCAAGAGCACACAGGCCAACCCAGACUUCACGUUGGACCCUGUGCCGAGCAGCGCCGUGUUACAAGAAUGUGUCAGCAUCGAAUGUAGAGGGGUUUAUAUUCAGACCAUGAAUGUUGUUCUCACCGGUGGGGGGCUGAUCCUCUUCGGUAACCGUAACCAACUGUUGACCUUUAACCUCGGGGUUCAGGCGGGCUCGCCUAGCGCCAGCAUCGCUGGGUCUGGCCUCUGGCGGCUGUUUGUCUAUGCCAACAACCGGCUAGACGGGACCGGUCCACGGAUUGGUCAAGUUGGAGUCAUGCUGACCUCUGGCCAACAGAACUCCGGGAUCAGCGCCAACCAGCUGGUCAAUUUCAACAACUUACAGGUGACAAUGGAUUUGAGUUCAGUAACGAGCUGUGCCAAUAUCAUCUACCUGUGUGUGGAACUACAGAAGGGGCUGACGUCAAUCCCUGAUUUUACUCUGGAGGGCAGCACAGUACGAUGCUUGCAGGUGCAGUGUGCAAUGUUCAAUCCUUGCCAAUCUAACCCGUGCCGGAAUGGAGCAACCUGUAACAAUGUUGGCGGAGCAUACACCUGCAGCUGUAGUAAUGGGUGGACUGGUCCACUGUGCUCAGAUGCUGUGAAUGCUUGCAUGGGUAUCGUCUGCCAAAAUGGUGGCACCUGCAUCAACAGGCAGUUCUCCUUUGAGUGUCAGUGUUUGUUAGGUUGGAGGGGAACGCUGUGUGAGGUGGUAGACGUUGGUGUCCAGAUUAUCACCACCAGUCUGAGUGUAACGUUGGGUACCAUCCGAGAGUACACCGCUCAGAAUACCCUCACGCUGUCCGUCACCCUGACUAACAGUCAAACGGGGAGCUCAUUAGCAGCUGGAAGUGGUUACUGGCAGGUGAUCGUUUUCACCAGUCAGCAAGCCGACGGCCUGAGUACUCGCUUCAACCAGCAAACCCUCAGUCUGAAUGCCAUUGUAUCAGGCCUGGGGAUCACCGCAGGAGGCACACUAACUCUCUCCAACAUCCCUGCUACGCUCAACCUGCUAGGCCAGUCUUGCAGCAGCGUGCCGUAUGUCUGCAUAGAGGUUCAGAAGGGGAGUAACCCCUCCCCUGAUUUUGUCUUGACGGGGUCACUCAUCGCAUGCCAGCCAACCAACUGCUUAGGUGUUCAAAUUGUCAACACCCAGCUGAGAGUGGUGUCCACCAGCAACGUCAGAGAACGCAGCUCUAGCAACUCCUUGACCCUUGACCUCAUUAUCACCGCUAGCCUCAAUGGUGGCAGCGUGUCUGGUAGCCGCCUCUGGCGACUGACGGCAUUCCUCAGCACCCUGCCAGAUGGCUCCGGUGUCCAGUACUCCCCAACAUUCAUCCAGCUCUCGGAUGCUCAGGCGGGUACCAGCCUUCAAGCCGGUCUCACCUCCACCAUUUCGUCCCUGCAAACUAACGCCAACACUGCAAGCAACAACCUGAUCUGCGGUCAGUUUGGCUACAUUUGUGUCCGUCUGGAGAAAGGAUUAAACCCAUCUGUCGAUUUCCAGUUAGGCGAUGGCACUCAGUCUUAUGUGGCUUGUGCUCCUGUUAACUGCCGAGGUGUUGAGAUCACUGACGUGGUGGCGACCAUCUUAUCCGGCGAACCUGUCAACACGGAGACCACCAACAACAUUCUUACCUUCAAUGUCCAGGUCUCAUCUGCUGUGGCAGGGGCCAGCGUGAGUGGUACCAACCUUUGGCAGGUGAUCAUCUUCUCGGACACCCAGCUGAACGGUCAAGGCCUGACAGUCAUCCAGAUGCAGGCCGUUCUCCCUGGCAACACGGCUAGUACCUUCCUGCAAGCGGGAGUGGACAUGAUCCUACGCAACAUUCAGGUCACCCUUGACCUGACGCAAAUCUCCUGUAACCAGAUUCCCUACAUCUGCGUCCGUCUCCUGAAGUCAUCCAACCCGAGCCCUAACCCCGAUUUCACCUUCACUGCCGUCCCUUCGGAGGAUGUCCUGCUUCAUUGUCAGCCUCUUGAUUGCAUGGAUCCGUCACCGUGUAUUGGCAAUCUUUGUGAGAAUGGUGCCCAGUGUACUGCCCUAGGUUCUGGUAGCUACCGAUGUGAGUGUACGCCAGGUUGGACUGGUUUAUACUGCAAUGUAGUUGCCGACUACUGUCUGAUCACGCAAACGCCUUGUUUUAAUGGCGGACAGUGCGUCAGCUUGUCGGAUCGCUACCAGUGCAUCUGCCCACAGGCGUGGGUUGGCACACGAUGUCAAACAGAUAACCCCUGUGUUCCCAUCAACCCUUGUUUCAACGGAGGUACCUGCUUCCCUGAUCAAAUUGGAGGCUACAUUUGCACCUGUUUGCAGGGAUUCAGUGGCGAAAACUGCCAGAUUACACCAGAUCCCUGCCAGUCGGAUCUCUGUCAAAAUGGAGCCACCUGUGUGCGGAUCGGAACUGGCUUAGAUUAUGAAUGCCGCUGCCUAGCAGGCUAUGCCGGAACUUAUUGUAACAUUGCACUAGAUCCAUGCGAUAGUCGUCCGUGCCUUAACGGAGGCAACUGUAGCCAAGUGGGCAUGACUUAUGCCUAUCAGUGUCAAUGCCCCAACGAAUUUACCGGAACCAACUGCCAAACAGUCAGGGAUUUCUGCUCUCCCAAUCCUUGCUUGAAUGGUGGGGUCUGCCUCAGGCAGGGCACCAGUGGUUACACUUGUCAGUGCUCAUUGGGUUACACGGGCACCAACUGUGCCACCAGGCUAGAACCCUGUGCCAGCAACCCAUGCCAGAACGGUGGAGCUUGCUCCCGAGUGGGAACCAACUUUGUCUAUCAGUGCCAGUGUGUGCAGGGCUUCACGGGUACCAACUGUGAGACACCAAAUGCCUGCAUCAGCAACCCGUGUCAGAAUGGAGGCCAGUGUAACCAGCAGGGAGCCGGGUACCAGUGCCAGUGCCAGCAAGGUUAUGAUGGUCUCAACUGCGAAAUAGUACUGAAUCCUUGUGUUAGUUCUCCGUGCUUUAAUGGAGCCACAUGCAUCCUGCUGGGCACUAACUUCAGAUGUCAGUGUGCACCAGGUUACACGGGCACCAACUGCAGAACUGUACAAAAUCCUUGUGAUAACAACCCUUGUCUUAAUGGAGGAGUGUGUUCAUGGCAAGGCCAGGUUUUAGUCUAUCAAUGUCAGUGUCCAGCAGGCUAUAGCGGCAACAAUUGCCAAUUAAUUACAAAUCCUUGUGUUAGUUCUCCAUGUUUCAACAGAGCCACAUGUCUGCAACAGGGGACUGAUUUCAGGUGUCAGUGUGCCCCAGGCUACACAGGCUUAAACUGCGGAACCAUACAAAAUCCUUGUGAUAACAACCCUUGUCUUAAUGGAGGAGUGUGUUCGUGGCAAGGCCAGGUUUUAGUCUAUCAAUGUCAGUGUCCAGCAGGCUAUAGCGGCAACAAUUGCCAAUUAAUUACAAAUCCUUGUGUUAGUUCCCCGUGUCUUAAUGGAGCCACAUGCUUCCUACAGGGCACUGACUUCAGAUGUCAGUGUGCACCAGGCUACGCAGGGACAAACUGUGGGACCAUACAAAAUCCUUGUGAUAACAACCCUUGUCUUAAUGGAGGAGUGUGUUCAUGGCAAGGCCAGGUUUUAGUCUAUCAAUGUCAGUGUCCAGCAGGCUAUAGCGGCAACAAUUGCCAAUUAAUUACAAAUCCUUGUGUUAGUUCCCCGUGUCUUAAUGGUGCCACGUGCCUUUUACAGGGCACCGACUUCAGAUGUCAGUGUGCACCAGGCUACACAGGCACCAACUGCGGGACUGUACAAAACCCAUGUGAUGCCAAUCCAUGCUUAAAUGGUGGAAUGUGUAAUUGGUUUGGACAAGCCUUGAUAUACCAAUGUCAGUGCCUGCAAGGCUACAGUGGCAACAACUGCCAAGUAAUACAAAAUCCCUGCAAUAGCAACCCCUGUCAGAACGGUGGUUUGUGUCAAUGGCCUGUUACAAGUUUUGCCUACACCUGCCAGUGCACCCUCGGCUUCACUGGUUUGAACUGCGCGACAGCUCUGAAUCCAUGCUCAAGUAAUCCAUGUAACAAUGGAGGCAUAUGCUCUUGGCUGGUACCCGACUACCGUUACCAGUGUCAGUGCCCGCCGACACACACUGGUAACAACUGUGAAAUCCCGCUUGGAUCAUGCUUCUCAAGCCCCUGUCAGAACGGUGCCACAUGUUUCAACCUGAACCAAGGGUCAGGCUACUUCUGUAGUUGUCCCUCCAGCUUCAAGGGAGAAAACUGCCAGUAUCCAGAGCCUUGUAUUUCGUCGCCAUGUUUGAACGGUGGAACAUGCUCUUCCAACACCAUUGGAUCCAGCUUCACCUGUACCUGUCUAGCCAAUUUUCAGGGAAACAGUUGCCAAUUUCCAAAUCCAUGUAGUUCCCAGCCCUGCCAGAACUUUGGAAUCUGUGUACCCGAUAAUUUUGGCUCAUCCUAUUCUUGCACCUGCCAACCAGGUUACCUUGGUGAUCACUGUCAGUUUGCAAAUCCCUGCAUUUCCAAUCCAUGUUUUAAUGGUGGGCAGUGUGAGACGGAUAACGUCGGUUCACGGUACACUUGUAGUUGCCCUGCAAGUUUUGUUGGGGACCGGUGUCAACUCAAUGAUCCAUGCCUACCCAAUCCUUGCCAGAACGGAGCUGUGUGUUCCCUGGCAAAUGGUGGACAGACCUACCAAUGUAGCUGCAUCAAUGGCUUCUUUGGACAGAACUGCCAAAUACCAGAUCCUUGCCGCAGUCUUCCAUGUCUUAAUGGUGGAGCCUGCGUAACCACCAACGCUGAUCCCUGUUUCUCCCUCCCUUGCCAAAAUGGUGGCACCUGUGAGCCCCACCCACUGGGGACUAGUUUCACCUGCAGCUGUCAGCCUGACUUCCAGGGCGCCCUCUGCCAAAACAGAAAUCCCUGUGCCUCCAAUCCAUGCCUUAAUGGUGGUGCCUGUCAGGUCGGCAUCGGUGGUACUUCCUAUUUUUGUAACUGCCCAGUACAAUUCUUGGGACCUCGCUGCCAGAAUAGCGAUCCUUGUCUUUCAAGGCCAUGCCUUAAUGGUGGUGUCUGCACUUCUGCAGCCCAAGGCUUGCUGUACUCUUGUACCUGCCCACUUCAGUACUUUGGCAUGAACUGCGAAAUCCUGGAUGCUUGCACCUCUAGUCCUUGUCUGAACGGUGGAGUCUGCAACCCAUCCUCGUUUGGUUUUACCUGUACUUGUGCACCAGGCUUUAAUGGAGUCAGGUGUACUAACUCCGAUCCCUGCGGGCGCCAGCCGUGCCAAAACGGCGGUUCUUGCUUUGAGAGCACUGGCCCUACCGGCUUCUUCUGCCGUUGCACGUCCGGCUUCAUUGGUGCCACCUGCCAAUUUCCGGACCUUUGCAGCUAUAGUCCAUGCCUGAAUGGGGGGACGUGUAGCAAUUUCCCCUUGGGCAGCGACUUUCUCUGCGUGUGCCCGCAGGGGUAUUCUGGCAAGAGAUGUGAUGAAUUUAACCCUUGUAGUUCCGACCCUUGCCUGAACGGUGGAACCUGCAACCGAGACAGCUUGGGCCAAGUGUACAGCUGCAUUUGUCUCAUUAGCUAUGUCGGCACCAAUUGCGAGUUUGGACCAAACUGUUUCAGUCCCACCGAUUUCCGCUGUGGAAGCGGGGAGUGUAUUCCUGCCUCCCGCCAGUGUGAUCAAAGCUUUGACUGUGCCGACAGCUCAGAUGAAAACACCUGUUCACGCCAGUGCACCAGUCAGGAGUUCCGAUGCACCAGUGGUACAUGCAUCAAUAUCCAGCUUGUCUGUAAUGGGAUCAAUGAAUGUCCUGAUGGAUUGGAUGAACAGAACUGUGCAUCGCCGUGCGACUCAACGCCGUGUCUGAACAGCGGUGCGUGCAUGAAUUCUGGGACCAACUUCAUCUGCAACUGUGCCCAGGGAUGGACAGGGACAACAUGCGACCAAGUGGCGCCCAGAAACAACUUGCCUCCAACAUUCCUCAAUCAAAUUAUUUCUAUCAACAUACCAGAAGACACCUUGGCAGGUACGAUUAUCUACACGCUGAAUGCCGCUGACCCUGAAAAUGACACUUUGACCUUUGGCCUGUCUGAUUUUGUGGCCCAGCAGCUCUUUAUUAUCGUUCCCAAUCCCAACGACCCCAUGUCAGCAUUCUUGACACUGAAGACUCAGCUUGACAGAGAGGUUCAAGGCUUCUAUUCAUUUGUAGUUUUUGUCACAGAUGGAUCAAAUGAGGUUAUUCAUAAUGGCAAUUUACUGUUGUCGGAUAUCAAUGACAACCCACCGAUGUUUACCAACCUUCCCAACACAACCACUGUCUUCGAGAAUGCUAUAAACGGGCCCACCAUUUUUGAUGUGAAUGCAGUAGAUCCAGACUCGGGACUUGGCGGCAUUGUCACUUACAGCAUCACCUCAGUCAGUGGGGUACAUGUGGGCUCUGAUGCACUAUUUUCCAUCAACCAGUUCUCGGGCGUAGUAAUCUUGACAGGUCCCCUGGACUAUGAGACCAACCAAGUCUACUCUCUAGACAUUCAGGCUUUGGAUUUGGGAAACAACAGCCUGAGAACUACUAGUACGCUGACAGUACAAGUCCUGGAUGUGCAGGAUACCGGACCAGUGUUCAUCAAUACGCCAUAUGACAGAACCAUCAAUGAAGGAACACCUCUGAACACGGUUGUGGUGACUGUGCUAGCAGUGGAUCAAGAUACUAUCAAUGCAAAUAAUGUCACCUAUGAAAUCCUUGGAGGAAAUCUGGGGUCGUUCUUUAGGGUGGAUAGUGUCACUGGGGAAGUCAUUUUGGUGCGGGAAUUAGACCGGGAGAACAUCAACACACCAGCAGCUGUAGAAUUGAUUGUCAGGGCUAUAGAGAUUGGUUCCAAUGGUGCAGCAUCUGUCAUUGAAACAUUUAUCAUCACUAUCAAUGACAUUGAUGACGAAUCACCUGUGUUCAACCAAUCAACGUACACUGUCAGUGUGUCUGAGGCUGAAACCCCAGGAUUUGUAUUGCCCGUUGGAAUUGAAGUCAGCGAUGGUGAAAUUGUGAUCCAGGGUAAUUUCCGCAUCACCCUCCAAAAUUUCAACAUCGUGCCCUUCUCCAUUUCCCCCUCCUCGGCAGUGGACCAGGCCAUUGUAACGCUGACCCUGAUUCGUCCAUUGGAUUAUGAGAACACCCGGAGCUAUGACUUACAGCUUAUGGCAGAAGAUACAGCGAUCUCCACUGCUACAGUGGUUGUCACGGUGAUAGAUGUCAAUGAUAAUGAUCCUAUUUUUACUCAUGGCACUCAAACGAUUGCCCUGGAGGAAGGUUCGCCGAUGGGCACUGUGAUUACCUCGGUAACUGUGACUGAUGCAGAUGAAGGCAUCAAUGCCAAUACAGAGUUCAACAUCAUUGCUGGAAAUCAAGCGGGUUUGUUUGCCAUAAACACGAUCACAGGUGUGAUCACAACGACAUCAGUUAUUGACUUUGAGAAUUCAGCCAGCACAUACACUCUGACCAUUGAGGCACGGAACACGCAGCCUGCAGUUUCCCCAGCUGAUGGAGUCAGCGAAGUGACUGUUCUAGUGACCAUUACAGACAUCAACGACAGCCCACCAGUAUUCCAACAGCCUAACUACCUAAUACAGAUCAUCGAGCUCUCAGAUACCGGACUGACCAUUGGUCGAGUGAUAGCCAAUGAUGCUGACUCAGGGCCAGCUGGUGAGGUAACCUACACUAUCCUCAGCGGCAAUGACAACGGCACAUUCCUAGUGGAUCCCAACAGUGGAAACAUCAUCCUGCUUCAACCUCUUGACCGGGAAACCGUUUCCUUCUACAACAUCACUGUCCAAGCCCAGGAUAGAGCAGCGCCUCCACUUAGUGCCACAACCUACGUCAUUGUCGAAGUGCGUGAUUUCAAUGACAAUGAUCCACAGUGGAUCAGAGACCGUUACACUGCUUCGGUGGUGGAAGGGCAGCCUGCAAACACAUUUGUUAUCCAGGUAAUGGCUCAGGAUGCUGACAUUGGCCGGAAUGCAUUGCUUAGAUAUGAGCUGGCACAGCUCAGUCAGUAUCUGUAUAUUAACCUGACCACCGGUCAGAUAUUCACCAGUAUGCCACUGGAUCGAGAACAGACAGAAACUAUCGAGGUCAACGUGCGCGUGCGAGAUGAUGGUGACCCACGGCGCUUCUCAAGCCAGCUAGCUGUGGUCACAGUGACUGUACUAGAUAUCAAUGACACACCACCAACCUUCGCUGGUACCCCGUAUAGGUUUGAGGUGGCAGAGAAUGAAAGAGCUGGAACAUUUGUUGGCCAGGUGACAGCAGCUGAUCCUGACAGUAUUGGUACCCUGACGUACUCCUUCGCAUUCCCACAAACCCAAUUCCUGAUCGACCCCACCAUGGGCACCAUCACAACUAUUAACUCGCUCGACCGAGAACAGCAAGACCAAUACAACAUCCAAGUUAAUGUCACAGACGGGACAUUUGAGACCACGACCGACGUCCUGAUCGUGGUUACAGAUGUUAACGACAACCAGCCAGUGUUCAGCCAGGUCUUGUACGAAGUUACCGUUGCUGAAAACACGCCAGCCAGGAUUAUACUCAACCUCAUGGCUAAUGAUUCAGAUAUUGGCCUGAACAGUGACAUCAUUUACCAGUUUGACCCGUCCAGCAACACUCCUAUUGGACCCUUCCUUCUGGACCGGCUGACUGGUGAACUGCGGACUACCAGCUCUUUAGACAGGGAGACUCAGGAUUCUUACACCUUGGUAGUCAAUGCCAUUGACCGGGAGGGCGGGUCCGGCAGUCUUCAGGCGGUAGCCACUGUGCUUGUCACUGUGACUGACGUCAAUGACAACAGGCCCGUCUUUGAAUUCCAGAACUAUGCUGAAUCUGUAGCGGAGGACGCAGCUCAGGGACAGCAGAUUGUAACGGUCCGAGCAACGGAUGGAGACACUGGUGACAAUGCUGUCAUCCUCUAUCGCAUUAUCCAAGGCAACGGUAACAAUAACUUCCAGAUCAAUUCUAGCACCGGUGUUAUCUCCCGCGGCCCUACCCCACUGGACAGGGAAACCGAAGACUCCUACUUGCUGACAGUGGAGGCGUACAAUGAUGGAGACCUGCCCCCUAGAAAUACUGCGACUGUGACCAUCACAGUCACUGACGUUAACGAUGAAGCACCACGCUUCACCCAGGAUGUCUACCUGAAGCCCGACCUGCUAGAGACUGCUGAAGCAGGUACCGUUGUGGUGACAGUGUCAGCCAAUGACCCGGACCUGGGCCAAGGUGGGGAGAUCCAAUACAGCAUCACAGGCGGCAAUGAAGGCAACUACUUCGUAAUCGAUUCCUACUCUGGUAGGAUCACGGUGCUCAGUACCCUGCCGGAUUAUUCCAUCCAGUCCACCUACAACCUGACGGUGACAGCACAAGACCAAGCCCAACCCUUCCACACGGCCACGGCCACAGUCCGGGUCCUACUGGUGGAUGCGCAAGACGACCCACCCGAGUUCACCAUGGCCCGCUAUGAGGUCAAUCUGACCGAAAACGUUGGGGAAGGGUAUCCCUUCUUGCAAGUUGUUGCCCAAGUACCAGGUAAGCCCAAUGCUAUGGUGACCUACAGUCUGGAACCCAAUGUCAACCCAACCAUUCUCCAAAUGUUUGACGUCGACCCUGUAACGGGUUGGCUGACGACAAAGGGAAUGAUUGACUAUGAGACAGGGCCACCACUCUACACGUUCACCGUGUUAGGAAUGACUGAAGCUGGAUUAUCAGGCUCGGCUGCUGUUUGGGUUCACAUCCAAGAUUUGAACGACAACCCACCUGUCUUUGUGACAUUCCCCAACGGAGCGGUGACAGUGGAUGAAAAUAUGGCUGGCGGCUUUGUGGUUGCCACAGUAGCUGCCAAUGAUGCGGACUCGGGAAUAAAUGCCGAUGUUGUUUAUGUGAUCAGCGGAGGAAAUGAAGAGGGUCACUUCGAUAUUAUCCCCAACGCAGAAGAGGCGCUAAUUGUCACCACGACAGCACUGGACAGGGAGACCGUUGAUAGAUACACACUGACGAUUACAGCAUCCGAUCAGGGUAUUCCAUCCAUGAAUUCCUCCAUCGUCGUUGAAGUAGUCGUCAACGAUCUGAACGAUAACCCUCCAGUGUUUGAUCAGGUCAACUACACUGCAACAGUGGAGGAGAAUGUCUUACCCAACCAACCAGUAACAACCAUCCUCGUCACCGACAUGGAUGCCUCCUCAUCCAAUAACAUCCAGUUCCAGAUCGACCCGGCGUCCAAUCCCAACGGUGUCUUCCAGAUCAACUCCCAGGGAGAGAUAACGCUCACCACUCAACUGGAUCGAGAAACCCAAGCUUUCUAUGAUCUCACUGUCAUCAUGACUGACCCUAAUUAUGACCCCACCUUCAUGGAGACGACCCAUGUGUAUGUGACAGUCCUUGAUCAGAAUGACAACCAGCCUGUCUUCCCUGACCAGCCCUCGGUAACGGUCACCGAGGGGCCAUCAUCCACCGGGGUCAUCUUUGUCACCGUUACGGCCAGUGAUGCUGAUGUUGGCAACAACUCUGAGAUGGUUUACACCAUCACCAGGGGAAACGGGGAGGGCAUUUUUGGUAUCCAUAGCAACAAUGGUUCAAUCUAUAUAAUCAAUGAACUUGACUGGGAGACAACACAGACCUAUGAACUCAUCAUCACAGCGACAGACCAAGCAGUGAACAGCAACGACAGGAGAACUGGAACCGUCACUGUUGUCAUAAAUGUGGAGGACAUCAACGACACACCUCCUCAGUUCCCUUCCAGUUACUUUGGUCCUUACAGCGUCUCUGAGGGUGUACCAGGAACCUAUAUUGGCCCCUUCGUGGCUGUUGAUAUGGACAGUGGUGCGGGUGGCCAAGUGACGUACACCAUCAUUGGAGAGUACAGCGAUUUGUUCAUCAUUAAUCCGACCACGGGAGUGUUGACCCUGAAACCAACCGCAGAACUUGAUUAUGAGACCAGCCAAGAGUUCAACAUCACCAUCAUAGCGACAGAUGCUGGGAUGCCAUCGCUUAAUGGAACUACCACAGUUGGCAUCAUUGUCAUUAAUGUCAAUGACAAUAGCCCCCGUUUCCAAGACACCCCCUACCGCACAAGCAUCAACGACACCUCACCGGUGGACGCCUGGGUGUAUAAAGUGUUAGCCACAGAUGAUGAUGCAGGCCCUGAGGGCGAGGUGACCUAUAGCAUCUUUGACGGCAACACGGGAGGAGUGUUCCGGAUCGAUCCAGUCACUGGAAAUGUCUUCGUCAACAAAACUCUGACCAACGGUGUUUACAGGCUGGUCAUCAAAGCUCAGGAUAAUCCAGCAAACCCAGACAAUGCUCGAGAGGUUACUGAGACUCUUACCAUCUUAGUUGCUGACUCCACCACCGUUAUUCCCAUCUUCCCCAACAAUGGAACCUUCACAGGCAGUGUGCUGGAACACUCAACUGUGGGAACCUUCGUCCUGACGGUUUCUGUUGAGAACGAAGCCGAUGCCGGUGAUUUGACGUAUGCCAUCAGUGGACAAGAUGCAGGCCCAUUCUUUGUCAAUCCUUCAACAGGUGUCAUAACGGUCAACGGCAUACUGGAUGCUGAAAUCCAAGAUCAUCACGUCUUUGACGUCUCUGCUAUUGACUCCAGGGGUGUGAGUGCCAAUGGCAAGGUGAACAUAACUAUACUCAACAUUAAUGAUCACCUGCCACAACUGGACGAGAUUGUCUUCAACUUCACAGUGCCCGAAGAUGCCGGUGAUGGUUACUACGUUGGUCAAGUGAACGCUUCAGAUGAUGACAACACAAACACCAUGCUGCGUUUCACCAUUGAGCGGGGCGCUGGGGACAAAUUCACAAUUGACCCAGUGACCGGCGUCAUCACGGUCCUGGUAGCCUGCCGUGGUGACAUCUGCGACAAUCAACCGCUGGAUAGGGAAGAGCAAGAUCAGUACAUCUUGACGGUGUCCGUGUCUGACCAGGGCAGCCCACCACUGUCCAACAGCGGUGUGGUGUACAUCUACGUGACGGACGUCAACGACUUCCAGCCAUAUUUCCCGGACAACUUUCUGGAUGUUGUCAUCAGCGUGUCGGAAGAUGCCGCAUUGAACCACACUGUGACAACAGUUCAAGCAGUAGAUCAUGAUCAGACGGCUUCUCUGACUUACAGCAUUGUGUCUGUGACUGCAACCAAUCUGCUGGGUGAGCCCAUCGCUAACAUCUCUGCCAUCGAGGGUUUGUUCGGCAUCGAUCCCUACACGGGCACUGUCUACGUCAGUGAAACUUUGGACAGAGAAACAGCCGCCCAGGUCGUCCUGACAAUUUCGGCAAACGAUAGUGCGUCUGUCGACCCUGCGCUGAGUACCAGCAAUCCUAAUGCCAAGGUAACCAUCCAAAUCACCGACGUCAAUGACAACCCUCCAGUCUUCCAACCGCCUGGUACCACGGUAAUUGUAGUGACUGUCCAGGAGGAAUCAGGCAUGGGUACAAUCAUCACCAAUGUGGAAGCCAUAGACCCUGAUGACCCCAUCAAUGGUGUGGUGACCUAUGUCUUAAUGGGUAACCUUACCCAGUUUGUCACCAUCCAUCCUUUCACAGGUCAAAUUACGGUUAACCAGGUUAUUGAUAGGGAGCUCUAUGAUUGGCUGAAUUUCACCAUCAUAGCCAUGGACAGUGGCACACCCUCCCUCUCAACCUCCAUCCCAAUCAGCAUUCAGAUUCUGGAUGUCAACGACCACAAUCCUGUCUUCAACCAGACUAACUUCAUGGCCACAGUCAUAGAGAAUGCCAAUCCGGGCACGUUUGUAAUCGUUACCACGGCAACGGAUCAGGACAUAGGACAGUUUGGAGAGGUGACAUACACGCUGACCGGAGGGGACGGACUAUUCGUGAUCAACUCCACAACGGGUGUCAUCACCACCUUGCAGCCAUUGGACCAAGAGGUCCAGUCCAUUUACACGCUGACGGUCAUCGCAGAGGACAAUCCGGGCGGCUCACAGACCAAUAGUAGACAGGGAUCGACCACAGUGACUGUCAUCGUGGGUAACGUCAACGAGCAUGCUCCAACCACCCAGCGAGAGUUUCCAUUUAUCAUUCUGGAGGAGCAGCCAGGGGGGACGUUGGUCGGUGUCAUCGAUGCUUCUGAUCCCGAUGACCCAAUGCAAGAGCUCAACUUCACCUUCAUCCUUGUUGAACCACCUGAUGGCAAUGUCUUAUUUUUCAUCAAUCAAACCACUGGAGAGAUCUUCACUACCGGACCACUUGAGGCAGAUAAUGCUACUUACGGAAGUACUUUCAACAUCACAGUAUUGAUCUCCGACAAUGGUAGCCCACCACAGACAACCACCACAACGACCAUUAUCACCAUUCAGGACACCAAUGACAACAAUCCAAUCUUCCCCAACGGGCCCUAUGACCUGGCCACCUCAGAGGCUAGCCCUGUGGGCUUCCAAGUUACCGUGGUAAUGGCGGAAGACAUCGACCAGAAUGCCAUGCUGACAUACCGCAUCAUCGGCGGCAACAUAAAUGGGACAUUUUUCAUUAAUCCGACAAAUGGGGAGAUUCUCAUCACCAAGCCAUUGGACUUUGAGACAAGGACCGCAUACAACCUGACAGUCCAAGUCUCAGACCAGGAUGGUCGGACGGGAACCACCUAUGUGGUCAUUAAUGUCAUGGAUGCUAAUGAUCAGGGACCAGUGUUUCUCCGGCAACCCUACCUUUUUGAUGUGUAUGAGAAUGUUGAUCUUGGAACAGAGAUUGGUCACGUAGAGGCAGUGGAUGCCGAUCCUGACCCAUCCAACUCCCAACUGACUUACCACAUUCUGAGCAGUGUGCCAGCCAGUGCACCCUUCGUCAUCAACCAGACUACGGGGGUGAUCACCAGCACUGGGAUCUUAGACCGCGAGAUGCAGGAUAGCUACAUGCUGACGGUAGAGGUGCGGAAUACCCGCUCUGUACCUGGGGAAGAGGAUGUGACCUACAAACUGUCGACCCCUGUCACCAUCACUAUCCUGGAUGUGAAUGACAACACCCCAGUCUUUGCUGGUGGGGAUAACAUCACCAGGAGUUUCCCUGAGAACUCGCAGGUUGAUUUCCCAAUCUACCAGCCUUCUGCUCAGGAUAUGGACAUCGGAGAAAACAGCCAGGUGACCUACUCCAUCAUCUCUGGAAAUGUGGAAAAUACCUUCAGCAUCGACCCUCAGACUGGCGCCAUCAUCUUAGCUCGUCAGAUCCAGUCCCUGACUGUCCCUACCUACACCUUCACCUUGGUGAUUGAAGCUCGAGACAACGGCAACCCCUCCCUGUCCAGCAAUAUUACCCUCAACGCAGUGGUGGGUGAUUACAACGACAACCCCCCUCAGUUCGUCACUCCUUCGCAGGGACAGCUUCUGUUCUUACCCGAGAACGAGCCAAUAGGGUUCCGGAUUGCCUCAGUCCUAGCGGUGGACAUCGAUAGUGGAGCCAAUGGCCAAGUCACCUAUGGCUUCCUGAAUGAGGCGAGUGCUAAGCUAUUCUUUUUCCAGCAGGAGGGAAACACAACGUACCUGUAUGCUAACUUCUCAGCUGACAGAGAGACAAGAGAUCAAUACAAUCUUGUACUUCUAGCUAUGGAUGGUGGCACCCCUCAGCCCUUGCAGACGCCCUUGGAGGUAACUGUGGUCAUCGUGGACAAGGAUGAUAAUGAGCCUUUCUUUUUGAGAGUGGAUAAUAACGUAGCUAUUGUACAGACACUAAAUGUGACUGAGCAUUCCAACGUGAACACAUCGUCUGGAUAUGUGACCACAGCCCUAGAUCUUGACCUGUCUCCAAACAAUGUGAUUUAUUACUAUAUUGUUGGUGGGAAUGAGAACGGCUUUUUUGGAAUCAACAGUACCACCGGUGAGAUCAUCGUCCUGGGAGAUUUGGAUCGAGAGACUAUCGCUACCCACCGGCUCAUCAUCAAGGCCACAAAUAAUGCCAGUUAUGUUCCAUCAGGCAUUUAUGACGUGUCCAAGGACAUGUCGCUCAAGGAGGUGGAGAUUGUAGUGAGAGACAUCAACGACAACGGGCCAAGGUUCACUACGGUCCUCUACACAACCGGCUUACCCCUGGAUGCCGAGAUCAACACGCAAGUGACCUGUAUCAAAGCCACGGAUCUUGAUGUUGGAGGUGGGGGCGCUAUUACCUACGCCAUCCAGUCAGCCACGUUUGUGCUGGGCCAGGACCAGACGACCUUUGACAACAUCUUCUACAUUGACGAGAACUCGGGGUGCAUCCGUACGCGCAACCUACUCAAUGAGGUCAAGGCUGGGGGUUAUUUUGAUCUGACGGUGACGGCUACAGACAAGACUGCCGGGCUGAGUGAUACCGCCCUCGUCAGGGUGUUUGUUUUAGACACCAAUCAGCAGGUUGUUGUCGUAGUUGAUGCGGACAUUGACACUGUCACAAACCUACAGGACCAACUAAUCAGUAUCAUUGCUAACAUCACAGGAGGAAUCGUAAACGUAGACUCCAUCACCUACUUCAUUGAUUCCAAUGGUAACACCGUCAGGGAUCAAACUAUGAUUGUAUUGCAUGUCAUCGACCCAGAGACUAACUCCCUCAUGGAUGCUGACAUCGUGCUCAGGUUGAUUGACGAGAAUAGUAAGAGCAUCAGCUUGUUAUUCCAACAGUAUGGCGUUGUUGAUGUAUAUGCUCUGAUGGGUGGUGUUGGUGGUGCAGGCUUCGGCAUUAUUGAGAUUGCUCUCUUAGCCAUUGCCUUGCUGCUGUUCCUAGGAGCUCUCAUCUUCAUCAUUAUCCUGUGCUGCUUGCAACGAAAAUAUUUGAAGAAGAUCCAUGGAAACAGCCCAGCUGUGAUCUACGCAACAAGAGCCGAUGCUAAUGUGAAGGACACCGCUACCUACCAAGGGUCCAACCCGCUGUGGCUAGAAACAGAAGGUGGUAUCCCUGACGACUGGCCUGACAGUAUCUCUCUCCUCGGUGGAGGAGCAGCUAGAGAGUAUGAAUCACAGGAAGCAAGCAUGGAUUUCUUCUCGGAUAUCCACGCAGAGGUUGCCAAGGAUGCUCUGGUCAUGACAGCAAUGGUCAAUGACAAUCAAACAAGUUCUGUACGAUCCAGGACUACCUCUAACGGUGGGUUGGUCAGCAAUGGACGGGUCAGCAUGGGCGCAGACCAAGGCAAGCUGCGUGUCGUGUCAUCCUCGGCUCCUCUCAUAAUGGACAGCACUAAUACUGAUGGGUCGGUCAGCACUUUGACUAAUCGCAUCAACCGGGAUGGGUCUGUUACGGCCAGCCUGAGCGGCAAGGACGGUGGAUAUUCAGCAUCCGGUGCCACUUACAGCUACUCCACGGCUAGCUUCAGUGGUGACGGGGUGAGACCAUCCACCAGUAAGAAGCUUACCAGCGAAAAGGCCCAGGAGAUCCGGCAGAUGCUUGAUGAGGACCAAGGUGUGGAGGCCACGUUCCUGGACGAAGCAUACCAAGACCAGACCAGCUUGGCAGCUGCAAGAGCAAGUUACCGGGAACAGGUGGAAUUCGACAACCAGCUCAGCCCCAUCACGGAGGAAGACACAGCAUCUUCAUGGUCCUCCUGGACGCGAGACAGUGAGAGGUCUGGAGCGAGGUACGCUGGAUCGGGGACUCUUGACCGCAAUCGCACCUCUGGCUACUCUUCUAAAGACUACCCUGACCCCAUGAAGAAUUACACUACUUCCACCAGCAUUGAGGAGAGCUACUCCCGUUCUGUCAAGGGUCCUGGCAAGUCCGAGUCGUCAAGCUUCUCCCGCCGCGCCAACUCCAAGACUUACUCAGCUGGUGUGGCCACCAGUAUCGGGAUGGUGACCCUGACAGAGGAGACACCAGAAAUGCUGGAAGAAGAUGAAUCGGAGACAUCAUCCAUCGAAGAGGGGGCCGGGAAAACGUACGUCUACAACGUCAGAGGGGACAGCAGCGAGGGUGCUUCAUCCGGACACAGCGCCACCAAGAGGGCAACUGAAACCAGCCUGAUGAACUUUACGCACGAGGAGGAUGACGCCGAUGAGGUCAUUGAAGAGCGGGAGGUAAGGCGAUCUGUGAAAACAACUCGCGGCUUCACCAACAGUGGAUAUGACAACUACUUGGAUGAAGAAUCACGUCUUUAGUGUUUCUGCAUCCAUCAUUGUCUCACAAUGCAUGUUUAACUAUACUGCUCGGAAAUCUUGGUAUGUUUGAGUCACGUUCACUCACAAUCCAAGAUGAAAAUAUGUUGCGUCCGUGCUGUAACCUUGUUUUUUCUCUCAGAUCCAAGUUGUGUAUUUAAAACAGUGUCAUUGGCAAUUCUCAGAUGUAAAAUGUAGCUGCAGUGAGUCUUUCUUUGACGUAGUUUUUCGGCCUCUGUACUUUUCUUCAAUGUAUGAAAACUGUUACAUACUCCUAUUUGGUUGAAUGCAUUGAAAAGUGCACACUUUUACAGAAUCAAAACUAUCUGUUUCCUUGGACAACUGAGGGCGCUGUUGCUGUGACAUCAUCAAGGAAAGACAUGGUUCAGUGCACAGGUGUUUCUGUUCAAAU